AGAAGAAGAAAAAAGCAAGGCGCGCUUUUCAGUAGUCUCGCGAGGUCUUUUUCGGUCAAAACGGAAGUCUUUUUAUUUACCCGGGAAAUAUUAACUGGUGUUCAAACAACAUACAGUACUUGUCGGUGUAAAGUUGUUUGCUCGUAUGACCACAACAAUGCCCGCAACUUCCGAAAUACACACAGCAAACGGUUGUAAAACGGAGGAGCUGAAGCAGCCCGCGGCGGCGGAAGAAAAGAAGAACUUCGGGGUUUUCUGUGAUGAACGCGGGUAUCUGAAUCAGAUCGAGUACAUCAUGCAGCACGGCCGCAGGAAGGGAGACCGAACCGGGACAGGAGUCGUCUCGGUGUUCGGUGCCCAGGCCAGAUACAGUCUGCGAGAUCAGUUUCCCCUGCUGACAACCAAGAGAGUAUUUUGGAAAGGGAUCCUUGAAGAACUGCUGUGGUUUAUUAAGGGAUCAACAAAUGCCAAGGAGCUCUCAGAGAAAGGGGUGAAGAUUUGGGAAGCCAACGGGUCCCGGGACUUCCUGGACAACCUUGGGUUCACAGAGAGAGAGGAAGGCGACCUGGGGCCUGUGUAUGGUUUCCAGUGGAGGCACUUUGGUGCAGAGUACACAAACAUGCACGCAGAUUAUACGGGACAAGGUGUUGACCAGCUGCAGAAGGUCAUUGAUACUAUCAAUAAGAAUCCAGAGGACAGACGGAUCAUCAUGUGUGCCUGGAACCCCAAAGACCUGCCCCUCAUGGCUCUGCCCCCCUGCCACGCCCUCUGUCAGUUCUACGUGUGUGAUGGCGAGCUGUCGUGUCAGCUGUACCAGCGUUCAGGUGAUAUGGGCCUGGGGGUGCCUUUCAAUAUCGCCAGCUAUGCACUUCUUACCUACAUGAUUGCACACAUCACAGGACUCAAGCCCGGUGACUUUGUUCACACUCUCGGAGACGCUCAUAUCUACGUCAACCACAUUGAACCUCUCAAAGUACAGCUUCAGAGGGAGAUCCGCCCCUUCCCCAAGCUGAAGAUCCUGAGAAAAGUGGAGAGCAUCGAUGAUUUCCGUGCAGAGGACUUUGAGAUCUGCGACUACAACCCUCAUCCAACCAUUAAGAUGCAGAUGGCUGUCUAAAAGUCACAAUGUUUUUGUGUGUGUGUGUGUGUGAGAAAGAGUGUGUGUGUUAAUUAUUUUCUGAUUUUGGUGAAAUUACAUUUUAAGCCACAAAGUUUUUACAAAAACGUUUACUGAUAGUGUAAAAAUGCCAGUUAGAAUGCCAGUUAGAUCAGUUUAAUUUGUCACAUCUAAUUUGUAAAUAAAGACUUUACAUUUG